AUGACGAAAUCUCAGUCAAAAGAAGACCUUAUUGGUUCUAAAGAGCAGCUGCGUGGAGAUCGUAAAUCAUUCGUCUUACCGCCUGAUUAUGUGCUAUCACCUACAGAAAAAAAGUUUCUGUUGCUCGCCGAGCGAGGAGACUGUGCGUCUGUUCAGAGGUUAUUGGAGGAACACAAAGGUCAGCCGGAUAUACUCAAUAUCGACUGCACGGACCCGUUGAACAGAUCGGCAUUGAUAACAGCAAUCGAAAAUGAAAACAUGGAUUUGAUACAGUUGUUGCUCAAAUCGGGGAUCAAGGUUAAAGAUGCAUUGUUGCACGCCAUCAAGGAAGAGUACGUGGAAGCGGUGGAACUUUUACUGGAAUGGGAGGAAAAGAUACACGUCGCUGGAGAUCCUUACUCUUGGGAAGCAGUGGAAUCGUCGGCUUCGACGUUUACGCCUGACAUCACGCCACUGACACUUGCGGCUCACAUGAAUAACUAUGAAAUAUUAAAGAUUCUUUUGGACAGAGGUGCUACAUUACCCAUGCCUCACGACGUCAGGUGUGGUUGUGACGAGUGUAUUACGUCAAACACACAUGAUUCACUUCGCCACUCGCAUUCGAGAAUAAACGCAUACAAAGCGCUUUCGUCUCCAUCCCUAAUAGCACUAUCCUCAAGAGAUCCACUGUUGACCGCUUUCGAAUUAAGUUGGGAGCUUCGCCGACUUAGCACUAUGGAAUCUGAAUUUAGAAAUGAAUAUAAUGAAAUGAGGAAUACUGUUCAAACAUUUGCUACAUCACUGUUGGAUCACGUGAGGACUUCGUAUGAACUGGAGAUUAUGUUGAAUCAUAAUCCUAAAGGUGAUCCGUGGGAACCGGGCGAGAGACUGACCUUGGAACGUUUAAAAUUGGCUAUCAAAUACAAACAAAAAGCGUUUGUAGCUCAUCCAAACGUUCAACAAUUGUUGGCCGCCAUCUGGUACGACGGUUUACCUGGUUUUCGUCGGAAAAGUAUGGUUGGACAAAUGAUUGAAGUUGGAAAACUAGGUGCGAUGUUCGCAAUGUACGGUUCGAUGUACAUGCUAAAUCCAGAUUCAAAAAUGGGCCAGCUAAUGAAGAAACCAUUUAUAAAAUUCGUCUGUCAUUCAUCUUCGUACGCAUUUUUUUUGACGUUACUAGCCUUAGCAUCUCAAAGAGCCGAGUUUUUAGCCUUGGAAUGGAUUGAUACCGAUUGGACGAAAUCGAUACUAGAGGAAAUGACUAGAAAAGAAAGAGGAUCUAUACCCGGACCAAUAGAAUGUGGUAUCAUAUUGUACAUCAUAAGUUUAAUAUGGCGAGAAGCGCACUCGUUGUACUCGGACGGUCUGAUUGAAUAUGCAGCUGAUUUAUGGAACAUAGUAGACUUCAUAACCAACGUGUUCUAUAUGGUGUGGAUAAGUUUGCGAUUUUCGUCUUGGUACAUUGUUCAGAGAGAAUACAAUGAAGGGCUAGAUCCUUGGAGGCCACGGGAAGACUGGGAUAAAUUUGACCCACAUUUGGUGUCUGAGGGAGCGUUCGCCGCCGCCAUGAUAUUCAGUUUCUUAAAGCUCGUGCAUAUAUUCAGCGUAAACCCUCACCUGGGACCACUUCAGAUAUCGUUGGGUCGUAUGAUCAUCGACAUCAUAAAAUUCUUUUUCAUCUACACACUGGUGCUUUGUGCUUUCGGAUGCGGUUUAAAUCAGUUGCUUUGGUAUUACGCGGACUUGGAGUCGAAAAAAUGUUAUCACGACAACAGUGACAUAGCUGACUUUGAACAAGAAGAAAAGGCCUGUUCGACGUGGAGACGAUUUGCCAAUAUAUUCGAAACAUCUCAGUCUCUAUUUUGGGCUGGUUUUGGACUUGUCGAUUUGACAGCAUUUGACUUAACCGGAAUUAAGAGCUUUACUAGAUUUUGGGGUCUGUUGCUAUUCGGAUCAUACUCAGUAAUCAACAUAAUCGUUUUGCUGAACAUGCUUAUCGCUAUGAUGUCCAAUUCGUAUCAGAUAAUUUCGGAACGGUCUGACAUGGAAUGGAAGUUUGCCCGGAGUUCGUUAUGGAUUUCGUACUUUGAAGAUGGAGAUACUGUGCCGGCCCCUUUCAAUCUGUUUCCGUCACUGAAAAAUAUCAAACGCGUGAUAGGCCUCGAAAAACCAAAGCGAACAUCCGGUUCGAUGAUUUUUAAGUCUAGGGAAAAAGCGUCAGCCCGACAUGAUAUUGUUAUGCGGCUAUUGGUGAGACGCUAUGUGACCGCGGAACAACGCAAGAGUGAAGAAUUUGGCAUUACGGAAGAUGACGUAAUGGAAAUACGACAAGAUAUAUCGUCGAUGAAAUUCGAGAUGAUCGAUAUAUUCAAGCAAAACGGGUACAAAACACCUAAAAAGGAACACGAUUCUAAUGUCGCCCAAGGAAAGAAAGGUCGAGUUAUGGAACGCCGAUUGCUCAAAGAUUUCCAGAUCGGUUUGGUAGAGGGGCUAAUACAGGAUGCGAUUUCGUCUAGUGAAAAGGGGCCAAAGGACGUGUUUAGCAAAAUCGCAAAAGCCAUCGGUCGGCGAACUAGUCAGGGCAGCAAGAAGAAGGAUUGGAAUGCUGUGGUAAGACAGAAGAGUCUGGCGAGGGAUCCGAUUGGCAGUACGGCUGAGGGCGCGGAACGACGACAUCGACAGAGCGUGCGCCGGUAUAUCUUGGAUCACCAGAAGGAUAGUCUUAUGUCAAUGGAUACCGAGCGGUUGGUCGAGUACAAUCCACUGUUGGCCGAAAUAGCACCUGCAGCUCGUGUGGCGUACGCCAAGUUCAAGAUACCGAAGAUCAAGCAAGAGUACGAGGAGAAUACGAUAGGCCAGGACGAGGUAUUCGAGAACGUGCCCACCGUGGACAUAGUGGACGAAACGAAAAAGAGUUCAAUCGCUCGGCCAAGACCGAAAAGUACGAAGCAAUCGCCAGUUGCCGGUGCAUUGCCCUAUCCGUCGACCGGCGCUGACAAACAGCUCGCCGAUUCCGAGUCCAUCAAGCCGGCUGAUGAGAGUCAACAGGUAGCAAAAACGAUCCAGAAAACGAAGACCACAGAACUUAAAGACAGUGCACCGGCACCUGUCGCGAGUGGCGCAGUAGAAGCUCGUCCCGGAACGUUAAAAAAAGAAGAACAACAAAGGAAACAGGAACCGGGUACAUCAAAAGAAUCGGCAAAGGAUAUCGACGAUAAGUCUCAAGCGUCUACUUCUGGUUCAGGAGACAAAAGUCUAAAAGAGGAAAAAAAGAGGCACGGAGAUAAAGGGUCUAAGAAAAAAGACACUGAUAGUACAAAAGACGCGGAUAAAGUAAAAGACGCAGAUAAAGCUUCGGAUACGGGUGCAUCAAAAGAUACAGAUAAAUCAAAGGAAACUGACAAAUCAAAAGAUACUGACAAAUCAAAAACUACGGAUAAGUCAGAUGAAAAAGAUAAAGGUAGCAAACACUUAAAACCAGAAUCUCCCAAACGAUCUGCAAGUCCAAAGAAACCAGGUGGUAAAUCAAAAGUGACAGGAGAAAUUUUGACUGGGUGGUUGUAA